AUGGGCGGGGUGGAUGGACGGACAAACAGGCAGACAGAUGCCCAGCCCCUUGUGCCGGGGACACCACGCCCUGGUCCCGCCUCCCCUUGUCCGUCUGUCCGUCCCCCCCAUCACUUAGGCCCUGGCUCCGGCGGCAGUCACAGCUCCCAGCCCGGAGGGGGCGGGGGGGGGCGGCGAUGGAGGGGGGCAGCCGGGGCCGGGACGGGGGGGGGCGCCCCCAACCCCUUCGUCCACGAGCUGCGGCUGACGGGGGCGCAGAGAGCCAAGUUCUACCUACUGGGGAUGGUGUUGGCCCCGCUCCGUGUUGCCCUGGCCUUCAUUGUCCUCUUCCUCAUCUGGCCCUUCGCGCUGCUCCAGGUGCUGCACCGGUCUGAGGAAGAGCUGAAAGAGCCGCUCACGGACUGGAGGAGCUCCGUCUCCCACAGCUCCGUUUACCUCCUGAGCCGCCUGAUGUUCUUCCUCCUCGGCUUCAUGCGGAUCCGGGUGCGGGGGCAGCGGGCAUCGCGCUUGGAGGCCCCGAUCCUGGUGGCCGCCCCCCACUCCACCUUCUUCGACCCCAUCAUCUUGCUGCCAUGUGACAUUCCCAUGGUGGUCUCCCGCACGGAGAACCUCCACGUGCCUGUCAUUGGAGCCUUACUCCGGUUCAACCAAGCCAUCUUGGUGUCCCGCCACGACCCAGCCUCCCGCAAGAAGGUGGUAGAGGAGGUGAAGAGACGGGCCACAUCCCAGGGAAAAUGGCCACAGGUGCUCUUCUUCCCCGAGGGGACCUGCUCUAACAAGAAAGCCUUACUGAAGUUUAAGCCAGGUGCCUUCAUUGCCGGGGUUCCUAUCCAGCCCAUCCUCGUCCGGUACCCCAACAGCCUGGACUCGACAACCUGGGCGUGGCAAGGCCCCGGAGUGCUCAAAGUCAUCUGGUUGACGGCAUCGCAACUCUGCACCACUGUGGAAGUGGAGUUCCUCCCCGUCUAUCAGCCCAGCGCUGAGGAGAGUGUCAACCCCACCCUUUACGCCAGCAACGUGCAGAGAGCCAUGGCCCGGGCGCUGGGCGUCCCAGCCACUGAGUGCGAGCUGGUGGGAACCCUGCCGGUGCGGGCAGUUGGGCGCCUGCGGGUGGCGCUGGAGCCCCGGCUCUGGGAGCUGGAAAGGGCGCUGCGGAGGGCCAGGUGGGUCGUGGGGGAGCCUCUGCCUGAUGGUGGAGCAGGGACUCUGGGGUGCCAGGAACUUGCCCGCUGGCUGGGGUUGCCCCACCCUGAGGCACCUGAGGAGCUCUGUGCCUACUUCCAGCAGGACACGGGGGGCGCCGUGGACACCCGGGCGGUGCGGCUGGCCCUGCAGGCGCUGGAGGGGGGACGCAGCCCUGAGGAGCUCACACGCCUGGCCUUUGAGCUGUUCUGCGAAGCGGGGGCCAGGCGGGGGACCCCACGCCUGCCCCAGGAGGGUUUCUGUGCCAUCCUGCGCCUGCUGCUGGGGACGCCCUGGGCCGACGGAGCCGAGCUCUAUGCUGCACUGGGCGGGGCUGAGCCCCACCACGGGCUGAGCAUCGGUCAGUUCCAGGAUUUCGCCCUGCGCCACCCCGACUAUGCUCCGCUCUUCAGCACCUACUUGUGCCUCCCGGUGCCCACCCACCGGGCCCCCACCCCCUACGCCAAUGGCCUCCCCCACACCAAAAGCAAGGCAGACUGAACCACGCCCCUCCCCCACCAUACAGUGACACCCCUUCCCCAGCACACUCGCUACCCGGGACACACCCAGCAACUCAGGGCUACAGGAAAUGGGGAGGAAACAGCCAAUUUUGAGGGAGGGGGAUUUAUUUUAUUUUAAUUAUUUUGGAAUUUAUUUUAUUUUUUGGAGUGAGGCAGGUGGGUUG